ACGUUGUUGAUUUUCAAUAUGGCGGCAACAUUGUACUCAUAAAGUUCUGCGGCCGUAAUAAAAAACCUUUGUAGGGCUUCUUUUGCGUUUCAUCCAAGACUUUGACAUGCCCGAAGAGAAGAGAGAAGAAACGGAGCAAAGUAAUGAUGGCGAGGGCGAAGGAAAAGAAAAGAUUCCCUCAGAUAUUAUGCCGCUUUUCUUCACCAGUAAAACCCAAGAGAUUUUUGGUUGCAAAGGCGAUGAAGAUGUCACUGAAGAAAACCCAUUCAAACUGAUAAGCAAAGAAGCUAUUGAACAAGAUUUUAAAUCCAGAGCUGCAAUAUCUGACUUCCAUCCUGCUAAGAAAAUUAUUCAGGAAUAUCCUGCUGAUGAAGUACUCAUUGUCUAUGACCCUAGCUUUAAAUAUGAUCAGAAUUUUUAUCUUUGCCUCACUGAAGAAGCCAAGGAAAGACAUCUAAAUCCCCCAUCAGCAGCGGAAGAAGGUACUGCAGGUGAGGAAGCUGAAGAGGAAUUGGUAGAACAAUUAAAGCAGUUUCCAAGGACUCCUCUGCCAUGGGACUCAUUUGGCAGUGAGCUUGAAGUGAAUGAAGAGAUUGUGGUUGAAAACAGGCAAAAGAUGAAAUUCAGAAUUUCAAGAAUUAGAAGAGAGUUUGGAGUUCCUGUAUCUUUUACAACUCGAAACGCCAGUGAUACCAAAGAUGGCAUCAUAGAAUGUCAUUCAUAUGAAGAAGAAACACCAAGCUUUUUAAGAAAAGAACUUGACAAGAGCACUCAGGCAAUUCCUGAACUAAUAAAUACUGGUAACCAAACGGAAUGGAGAAAACCCUGCAAUGCUUUUACACAGUAUACACCAAGGGAAUUUAAUGAAAAAGAAAAAGAAGAAGUAAAUAAAACUGAUGGCUUAAAAGACUUCGUGGAAAAGAUCACCCCAAGGUUUGAGUUAGCUCUUCAGCAAAAUGAGAUCAUGGAUGUGUUUUAUGAUGACUACCUUGCAAUGAAUGAUGAUGAAACAACAUUUGGUGCAAAGUCUGACAGCUAUCUCAAGGAAUACCAAUCAUUCACAGAUCUUCAGUUCAGUAAGGAAAAGACUAUAACUCACAUUGAGUGGCACCCAACAAUUAAGGGUAUAAUUGCUGUUUCUUGUGGCGAAAGGCUGGCAUUUGACGACAGAAUUGACCAAUUCUCUCGAAUUUUGAUGACACCUUCACUAGUUUUGAUAUGGAGUUUCUCUGAUCCCAUACACCCGCUGAUUCUCCUUGAAGCACCAGAUGAUAUCUACUCAUUCAAAUUCAAUCCAUCAGAUCCUAAYAUUAUUGCAGGGGGGUGUAUCAAUGGGCAGGUUAUUAUGUGGGACAUCAGCAACUACAGUGAAAGGUUAAAAUCUCAUCGGCAGUCACAUGGUCAAAGCAAGAGGAAUUCAAUGAACUCGUUGCCUGGUUUUGAAGAUGAUUCGCUCAAAGAUCAGUCUCCAGUGAUUCGAUACUGUGCUGUGUCAUCUAUUGAGCACACCCACAAGACAGCAGUGACAGAUGUUCAGUGGAUACCAGAUCAUAUGGAGAUUGGGCGUAUGGGAUUAGUAGUGGAAAACAAGUCUCAGCACUGCUGUCAAUUAAUGACAAGUGCUGCAGAUGGGACUGUCCUGUUCUGGGACACUCGCCCAACUAAGUCAGCAGCACCUGCUCAAACCACAACCACUAAUCCUACUGGGAUACCACCGACUUUCAAACAUCUGGAUCUAUCUUGGAAGCCAAUACUCAAGGUGGCUGUACAGCGUAUGACGGGUAAUGGAGAGUUUGGCCCAACCUGCUUUAGCAUUACGGAGAAGCAAGGCAGUAGAAUAAAUGGAGUGAAAGGCGAGAAAGAACCUGAACAAACUGGUAUGACACGCCAUUCCUCAAGUCUUGGUAAAUCCAAGGACCAAGGGAAACCACUAGAAAAUGUCAGUACAAAGUUCUUUGUGGGCACUGAGGAAGGAGAUAUGGUGUACUUGGAUUGGAAGCCAGAAAAAGAUGCUGAUAGUGGAAAAAUAUUAACACCUCGUCCAGAAUUCGUUUGGCAGGCUCAUGAGGGUCAUAUCAACACUCUUACACGAUCACCUUUCUUCAGGGACAUCAUUCUUACAGUUGGUGGAUGGACUUUCGCCAUAUGGAAAGAAGGCGYUACUAGUGAUCCGUUGCUACAGUCAGCUAGUCAUAUUCUCAAGCUAACUAAGGGUCACUGGAGCCCAUCAAGACCUGGUGUGUUUUUCAUUACAAAGACAGAUGGUAGUGUAGACGUGUGGGAUCUUUUAGACAGGUCCCACGAGCCGUCCCUAACCCAAAACGUUACUGCAUCUCCAAUAACAACAAUCUAUCCACAUCAGGUGUCAGGCAAGCAGCAGCUAUUGGCCGUGGGGGAUACCAUGGGCACGUUACAUGUGAUGGAAGUACCAUGGAAUCUUAGACAUCCAUCCACUAAUGAAGCUAAUGUCAUGGAAAAUUUCUUUGAGCGUGAGGUAAAGCGCCUUACGUUCGUUGAAGAACGCAAAAGGAUUCGUGAAAUCGAAAAGAAAGAGCAUGACAGUCAGUUGUCUAAAAAACAAGAUGCUAAGAAACAGGAGGAAACAGAAGCAGAUUUAGAAGCCAGACAGCGAAUGGAAUACCAAGAAUACCUAGAAAUGGAGAAAAAAUUACUAGAGGAACUUGGAAUCCGUGAGGAAUCUGAAGAGCUUCUACUGGAUACAUAAGAUAAGUUGGUUGGUAUCCAUCGUAUGGCCAUCGUCUCUGGAUUUUUCUGGUAUCAUCUUCAUCUUUUAUCAGUUUUUUGUGCAUAAAGCUUUUUUUGAAGUCCAUUAGUGUUAUUGUCAGUUACUUUGAAGAAUAUAGUUAACAACGCACUUAUCCCUAACUGUUUUGGGGGUAAGGGAUUUCACGUUUUAUAAACUUAGAAAAAUAGUUAUGUAUAAAUCAUUUGUAUUUAUUUAAAUAAAUGCUAUCAAGAUC